AUGGAAAAUGACCAUGGAUAUGGAGUCACGGUCCUCCACGAGCCAUCCCACUCGGUAGAAAUUCUCUAUGACCUGGUGGCUGUCCACGACCUUAAUGGAACCGGUUUCGAGACCUGGACGCACAAGCAAAACGGGAUGAUGUGGCUCAAAGAUCUGCUGCCGAAAGAAUUGCCCAAUGUUCGGAUCAUGACAUACGAGAGUGACGCUUAA